UGUAGGCAGGUCACUGGGAGGGAGGGAGGGCAAAUAGCCUCAGUUAGCUCGGUGUCUUUAUGGUUGUCUUUCUGCCGUUCUGUCUUAAUUCAUGUACAUGAAGAAGAGGGGUGUUUGUGUGUAGUGGACUGGUGGCCUUUAACGUUGCAGUUGGGGCUUGCACAGGGACUCUUCCACUUGCUGCCAUCCCUCAGACAAGCUGGGAAAGGAUGUACUGCCUGCUGGAUCUCUUGAACAUUCCCAACUAGAAACCAUGGCUGGAUUUUACGGCUGCUUGCAGGGAAAGAACAGUGACUGCAGUAUCAUGGCCUCUGGACCAUCAGAUGUGUUGUCCAACCAGGAUCCAGCAGACACCACUGAAGAGUGCACAGGCAAGAAGAAGUCCAAGUUCCAGACCUUCAAGAACUUAUUUUCUAAGAAGAAGAGAAAGGAGGCCACUGCUCCUGCCGGGGGGGACAGUGGGUUGAAGUGUAGCCAGUCUAGUGAUAAUGUCAACGCCCCCGAACCUGCACUUCUCAUCCGCUCUGAGAAAGACGAGGGCUCUGGGUCAAAAAUAAAUAUGGGUAAUAAGGCUCUGUCACAUGACAGUGUCUUUGUCUCUGAAUCUCCCCUGUCAGAGGUGACUGAGGGUCUGGGAGUCUCUCAGGACCGCAUCCAUGGGAAGGUCACGUCUCUACAGGUCAUCAGACUAGGCUCUCCUCCGUCUCUGUGUGUGAAGAAGAUGGAUGAUGCAGGAACUCUUUCAGAAGAUGACGGCCUGCCCUGCAGCCCACCAGAGUACUCCACCCUGCACACUGUCCUGGCUGGGGUGUCCCACAGGUCGUCCAAACCGGUGCAGAGGAACAGCUCCCUGAGUCUGGAAGGGACCGACAGUGAUGAAGACCAGAUGUCCUGUGAGACGGGCUCCAGAUCGGUCAGUCCCCUGGUCUUCCUGCCUGUAGACUUCAGCCAGCCUGCCAGUCCCAUGGGCUGUCUGGACAACACUGCCGCUCGCCACCGCCUGGCUGUCCGACACAAGGCCUGUGCCAAGACGAGGAAACCCACCACUAGGGUUGAUGGCAGGGCUGAAGGAGAAUCAUUCCAGGAGGAAAGACAGAAUUGUAUCAUUCCAGAAUCUGUGGAGGAGGAUGAGGAGGAAGGUGUGAAACGCGAGCAGGCUGGUGUUGCGGAGGAGGAGGAGGAGCAGACAGAUGGGGUCGUGGUGUCCCAGCAGGCCGAGCGGUCAGCCUCAGAUGAAGAGGAUAAGCAGGGUGUCCAACAGGAAUUGUCUCAUGCUCAGGAUGCCCCCUCCCUCUCCAUACAGAAUGACUCUGACUCUGAGGAAUGUCUUUCAUGCCAGGCUGAGGUUUCAGCUCCCCGGCUCCAGACCGCCCCACUGCUUGGCUCCAUGAAGUCUCUGGAGCCCCCUACUGGAGAUGACUUCCUCCAGACCCCUCCUGGGUGUGAGGUGGCUGUGGAGGGAGGCUCUCUACUCCAGGAGGUGUUGAUCUCCCUCAAGGGUCCACUGACAUCUGUCCUGGGGCUGGAGACAGAGGCUGUGCUCCUGGAGGUGGCGGUGAACAUGGAGGGGUCAGAGGCUGAGAGCGGGGUGGAUGAGCUGGCAUUGAACCCACAGGAAGAAGCGUGUCUCCCCAGUGAUAGACCGGACUACCCAGCAGAGCCCCGAGAGGAGGUGGAAGGUGAGCCUUAUGAAUCUGAGGAGGAGUUAGUGGUGGAACGUUUCAAUCCAAAGAAGGAAGAGGAAGAUGCCGAGGAAAUCAACCCUGAGUACUUAACCAAAGAAGAUCAGGACAUGCCUUCAGUGGAAAAGGAGGAAGAAGAAGAGAAUGAAGAGGAGAGGGAGGAGGUGGCAGAGGUAGAGGAGAAAGAAACAGAGGAGGUUGUGGAAGAUGAGAGGAGGGAAGAGGAGGACAAAAUGGAGCCAGUCUCAGAUGUGCCAGUGCAGACAGCCUUAUUGGAGCCAGGGGAGGGAGAGGAUGUAAUGUCAACCUCUGUGGAGGAUGAUUUCCAGCAGGUUCCAGACAGAGACCCUGAGAGAGCUUGUGAGAGCCCUGAGUGCACCACUGAACUGUCUGACCAAACAGUCACAGACCAAGCCUGUCUCCCCCAGCUUCCAAACAGCAGUAUACCUCCUCCAGAGUCUCUGGACCAGCCUGAGGCCCCAGCACACACCACACAGGACCAGGAAGAGCCCAGUGUAACAACUUACCAGCCCUGUAUAACCAGUCAGAGUGCAGCCGCCGGCCCAGAGCAGAGCCCCCAGGAGCACUGCAGGGGACCAACUGCCACCGAGGAUCCUGGGAAACCAUCUGGUGGUUCUGAACAUAAUAGACCCAGGUAUACCAUUGCCCCUGCCUGGCAAAGGUUGGCUACCAAAGAGCUAACCUCCCCUUCUCCAUCUCCCUCGGUCACUGUGCCUGGGGCUGUGGAAGCAAAAAGAGACCCCCCAAGUGGAGUGGAGCCACUUAGCCCUGUGGGGACUGAUGUCCCUGCUAGUCCCAUCCCAACACAGAGCACCACAACCCCCAUCAUGUCACCUGAAGACACUCCCCCUGCAGCCCAGGAGGAAGAGACCCCUGAGAAUCUGUUUGGUGUCAGGCUGAGGAAGACCUCUGUGGGUAUGCUUCGCUUAGGCUCAGAGAGUGAAACUCCCCCUGCAUCCCCAGCACACUCACUUCCCAUAGAGCCCCAGAGGGCCUCGUUCACUGAACCACAGUCAAACAGCAAACCUGCCCUGCCCAGAAAGCCCUCAGAUCUGGAUGGUAUGGUCAAGCCAAAGAGAAUACCAGAUCUGUCUGUGGGUCGGGAGCCUAGUGGGGGACCUGGUGGGGGAUCUCAAUCGCCAAGCUGGAUCUCAGUGGCCAGACAAAAGCAGAGGAUCUUAAAAGAGAACUCAUUGGAGGAAUCCACGGAUAACAAAGACCCUGUAGAGAUGGAGGAGCUUAACAGAAAAAAAUCAAUUCGUACAUUGACAAGGCCUGUCAACAAAGACCAAGCCAAGCCUCCAGGAUCUCCUGUUAAAGUGUUGUGUUCCCUGGAGAUCUCCAAGCCUGUCGUGGUUGAGAAGGAAGGGAAGAGAGCCCUGGCUCACCCAGUCCCUACAGCCCUGGCUCAGGACGAGCCCCCGUGGUUGGCCCUGGCUAAGAAGAAGGCCAAAGCCUGGAGCGAGAUGCCCCAGAUAGUGCAGUGAAGAUGGGCCAAACCAUCCGUCUGCUGAUGGAUCAGAAUGCAUUUGCACACCCAGAGUAUAAUUUUGUUUUCUACUUCUUCUACUGUUCUAAUACCUUCAAGCUUCUGAUUGGUCAGACACUGAAACCCUCAAAUCACACGCUUCAAUGAAAGGAGUGAGUUGGGAAUUGGGCCAAAAGAGUAAAGGUUUUGAAUUAUUGAUUGAUACGGCAUACAAUUGGAUUCAGUUGACAUGAUAUGUCUUUAAGUAGACAGACCCAUGACUAAAUUAGUUAUUUGUUUUAAUUUCUUAACUGACAAUGUCGGUCUAUAUGAGGUGAGGUUCAGGUGUGUCAAAACCUUAAACCGAGCCUUGAUCUUUGAUUUGGGGAUGAAUAAGAAUGGAUGGAAAGAAAGAGAUGAAGGUUUCUUCUUUUUAUUUAUUAAAUCUCAUGUUUGAUGUAUUUUUUUUAUUUUUUGUAUUAUCUUUAAACGUGUGUACAUGACUUGUACAUAAAAUGUUCGGUAAUGAACAAAUGCUGUUUCUCUUUGUCAUCUGAACUCAAGAACAGUCAAAUAGAAGGAAGUUACAUCUGA